AUGGUCAUGGUACUAAUCGGAAUUGUAGUAUUCGCUAAAGAUGAUGAGCAAUUCUCGAUAAAGAAGUUUGGGCAAGAGCAAAAACAAUGUUCGGAUGGAUUGGAAUAUUUGCCACUUUAUACCUUAAUUACAGCAUUUAUAUUCAUAGAAUGUCCGGUAUUGUUCUAUUACCUCAAGCCGUUAAAUGAAAAUUACGGAAUAAAAAAAGAAAUUUUCAUUAAUUUGAUUACAACUAUUUCUUGUCUAAUUUUAUAUUUCGCGACUAUUUUCUUGGAUCAAGUUGUGAGAUUCUGGGGGCCGUUGACAUGGCUGAGUGUGGCUUUGUUAUGUGGACAUGUAAAUAUAAUAUUUUUACCAGUGGUAAAAUCAUACAAGAAAUCGAAUUUUUUAAUUAAUUAUAGAAAUGUUAUUGUCGAUAAUAAUUAUAGAAUUUCAUGUGAUGUUAAAUGUGAAAAUUACAAUGAUAAUAAUUUCAAUGAUAGCAAUAAUGUGAGUAAUGAUGAUGAUGGUGGUGAAGGUCGGCUAAGGUUUAGUCAAAUUUUAAAAGACGAACGUCUUUUCGAAAAAUUUAAAAUUUGUGCAGCAUCAUUUUUUUGUAUAGAGUUGAUCUUGUUCAUUGAAGAAUAUCAAUAUUUGAAAAGUAAGGUUUUGAAAUAUUAUGAACACACCAAUGAUAAUUUAGAUUUUGUCGCAGAUCCUAGACCAAUCAAAGACGUAACUGACAAUAUUCAAUCGUCAACACAGCCACCACAGCCACCGCAGCCAUCAUAUCAACAUUUUACACCGUGGGAGACUAUCAUUAGGGGGAAAACAAUAACAAUGGAUAAUGAUUUGAAAAUACUAAAAACAAUAACAACUGCGCCAUCGUCAUUGUCAUCGACAACGCCACUAUCUAAAUUCAAUAAUGAAAAUCUCCGAUUAUCUUCAUUGUUUUAUCAAACGUUCCUGGACCCGUCUGCAGGUUUGGCCAUAAAUGUGGAUGAUUCGACAUUACGUAAUAUAAAACGUCAAAUUGUAGGCCAAGGAGAUUAUAAUAUCGAUAUGUUUGAACAUGCUAGGAUGGAAGUCUUACAUUUGUUGUAUGGUAACACAUUCAACACAUUCAUCGAACAAUAUUAUCGGACUAAUAUUUGA